AAGCAUGAUCCCUUUACCUCUUUUGCCAUCUCCCUGCCAUCAUCGGAUAUACGAAAAUCAAAACACACAAGGUAACGAUACUGAAAUGUGCAAUUGACCUUGUUAAUUGAAUUUAAAUGUCUAAUGGGUUUAAGUUCGGUUUCAUUGAAAUGGCAGCUAUACAAUAAGUAUGCCCAUCUUGUUAUAAUUCCCGUAAUCUAACUUCGGCACUAGGGCCCAAUACAGUAAUUGCGCACUUUCGCAUCUAACCUAAUGUGGCAGUACUUCCCUUGUCACCUCCACUGAAUAUACGGCUCUUUAUCCUUAAACUUUUCAGAUUAUGUUAAUGCCAUAUAUAUAGGUGGAAUAUCACCAUUUGUAUAGGAUAUCGCUUAUAGGUAGAUAACGAGAACCACACAUAAUAAUAGUGAAAUGAAAACGUUUCAUAAAUUGUCCUUAUUGGUUUUGAGUGCCGCUUCAUAUGUGGCUUCUACAACAAUACCUCUACAAAAUGUAUUAUCAUUGAAUGAUGAACACCCACAAGUCAAACAACCUAAAUUCGAUACGAUCAACUUAAAUCAAUUCCAAGAUCAUCAAUUAAGAGUUCAAAAAUUAAAUCCUUCAACUUUAGGACUUGAUGUGGUCGAUCAAUAUACUGGAUACUUAGACAUAACAAAUUCCAAGCAUUUAUUCUACUGGUUUUUCGAAUCUAGAAAUGAUCCAUCCAAUGAUCCAAUUGUUUUAUGGUUGAAUGGUGGACCUGGAUGUUCUUCAACUACCGGACUUUUUUUUGAAUUGGGACCUUCAUUCAUUAAUGAAACCUUACAACCUCAAUAUAACCCUUACAGUUGGAACUCUAAUGCUUCAGUUAUAUUUUUAGAUCAACCAAUUGGUGUAGGAUAUUCUUAUUCUGAUGAUCCAGAACAUAUUAAUGUUAACAGUACUGAAAUUGCAGGUAAAGAUGUUUAUGCAUUCCUUGAGUUAUUUUUUACCAAAUUUCCUCAAUUCAGAAACAAUAAGUUCCAUAUCAGUGGAGAAUCAUAUGCUGGUCAUUAUAUUCCUAAAUUUGCCAGUGAGAUUAUAAAUCAGAAAGACAGAACAUUUCAAUUGGAAAGUGUUCUUAUUGGUAAUGGUAUCACUGAUGCAAUCCAACAAUACAAGGCCCUUAUCCCAAUGGCCUGUGGUCAAGGCGGUUAUCAUUCUAUUAUUUCAGAUGAAGAAUGUCAACAAUUAGAAGAAGUUUACCCAGAUUGUAAAGCCGGGCUUGAAAAGUGUUAUGCUGAUCCUACGAACGCAACUAUUUGUGCCGAAGUAGAUGCAUUCUGUAACAAGGCGAUGUUUGGACCAUUUGACAAAACUGGUCUUAAUCCAUUUGAUAUAAGAGUUCCUUGUCAUGAAAAUGAAGAUGAAACUGGCGAUUGUUACAAGCCUAUUGAUUAUGUGUCAGAAUAUUUAACACUUCCAGCUAUCAAGAAGAUAGUGGGGGUUGAUGACAGUAUUAUUGGUGAAUUCUCAGGUUGUUCUUCUCAAGUAUCUAAACUUUUCCAUUCGGUAGGGGAUAAAGCUAUUCCACAUCAAGAAUUCAUUACUGAACUUCUUGAAGCCGAUGUUCGUGUAUUGAUCUAUGCUGGUGAUAAGGAUUAUAGAUGUAACUGGGUAGGAAAUUACGAAUGGACAAAUAACUUACCUUACAAGAACCAUUAUUUCUUUAAUAAGCAACCAUUGCAACCAUGGAGAGUGACUAGCAAUGAAGUCCCAGCUGGUGAACUUAAAACAUAUGAUAAUUUUUCUUUCUUAAGAAUUUAUAAUGCUGGCCAUAUGGUGCCUCAUGAUAAACCAAGAGAAUCUUUACAUAUGUUAAACUCGUGGUUGAACAAUCAGUUAUUUUAAGAAAAUGAUUAACCAUCUUAUAUAUAUAUACAUAAAUUCAGUAAUAGGGAAAUAAACUACAAUUAUACAGCGA